AUGCGCUCCACACUUUCUCUGCCUCUUCUUGCUCUCGCUCUCCGGGCCAGAGCUGGUGAGUUUGAUGCAUGGAAGUUCGGUAACAUGUUUGCCCUCGGACCCACGAGCGGUGAUGCCUACAUCACCAAGGCCACCUGGUCCGUCGUUCCUCCGAGCGUUCCCUGUGGCGCCAAGAUGGAGAACCCGAACGAUCCUCCAUUCAUGUCCAUCUGGAUCGGUGUUACCCAAACGUUUACGGAACCGGGCAUGGAUCUCUUCCAGCCACUUCUGAACUGGUCUCCCGACCAGGAGUCUCAGGUUUGUGCGGGAUCAGAGACCGAAUGGUGCGUCGCGGCAAGCACCUUCACUCCGAACGGCCAAGUGCAACAGGCGUAUGAAGUCGUGCCUGAUCAGGCUCAGCUGGACUUUGAAAUUGACGUUGAUGAUUCCCACACGGUUUCACAGAAAGUUUUCACCAAUGGAAAGCUGGUCUCUCAACAGUCUGACAGGGACGCAAACGGCAAGCCUCCUGUCAUCCUAUACUCUGCCAACGAGUGUUACCUGGGUACCUGUGGAACCCUGGACGGCUACACAUGGGACAACGUGACCAUUGUUUUGAGUACAGCCGACAAGAGCUUUGGUGACACCUUGUCCCUUACGGGCGCCAGUGGCAGCUUCACCUCGGAUGAUGGCAAGACCUGGCACACUGACUCUAUCAAGAUCGACAAGGACUAUUUCUAUGCUGACGGCUCCAAGACGGAGUGUUCGGCGUAA